AUGAUUUUGGAAAUGCUGAACCCAGUGCAUUAUAACAUUACCAACAUAGUGCCCGAAGCUGUUCCUGUUGCCACCAUGCCCAUCCUGCUGCUCACUGGCUUUCUUUUUUUGAUCUGGAAUUAUGAGGACACAUCUUCAAUCCCAGGUCCUGGCUAUUGUAUGGGAAUUGGGCCCCUCAUCUCCCACUUCAGGUUCCUGUGGAUGGGGAUUGGCAGUGCCUGCAACUACUACAACAAGAUGUACGGAGAGUUCAUGAGAGUCUGGGUAUGUGGAGAAGAAACACUCAUUAUCAGCAAGUCCUCAAGCAUGUUCCACGUAAUGAAGCACAGUCACUACAUCUCCCGAUUCGGCAGCAAACCUGGGCUGCAAUGCAUCGGCAUGCAUGAGAAUGGCAUCAUAUUUAACAAUAAUCCAGACCUCUGGAAAGUUGUUCGACCUUUCUUUACAAAAGCUCUGUCUGGCCCUGGCCUCGUGCGCAUGGUGACAAUUUGUGCUGAAUCGAUAAUAAGGCACCUGGACAGGUUGGAGGAAGUCAGAAGCGAGUCAGGCACUGUCGAUGUGCUGACCCUCAUGCGGUGCAUCAUGCUGGACACCUCUAACAUGCUCUUCCUGGGGAUCCCCUUGGACGAAAAUGCCAUCGUCAUUAAAAUCCAGGGUUAUUUUGAGGCAUGGCAAGCUCUCCUUCUCAAACCAGACAUCUUCUUUAAGAUUUCUUGGUUAUACAAAAAAUAUGAAAAGUCUGUCAAGGACUUGAAAGAUGCCAUAGAAAUUCUGAUAGAUGAAAAAAGACACAGGAUUUCCACAGCAGACAAACUGGAAGACUGUAUAGAUUUUGCCACUGAGUUGAUUUUUGCUGAGAAGCGUGGUGACCUGACAAGAGAGAAUGUGAACCAGUGUAUAUUGGAGAUGCUGAUUGCAGCCCCAGACACCAUGUCUGUCUCUGUGUUCUUCAUGCUAUUCCUCAUUACAAAGCACCCUCACAUUGAAGAGGCAAUAAUGAAGGAAAUCCAGAGUGUUGUUGGUGACAGAGACAUAAGAAUUGAUGAUAUUCAGAAAUUGAAAGUGGUAGAAAACUUCAUAUAUGAGAGCAUGCGAUAUCAGCCUGUUGUGGACUUGGUCAUGCGCAAAGCCUUACAGGAUGACAUCAUUGAUGGUUACCCCGUAAAAAAGGGGACUAACAUUAUCCUGAAUAUUGGAAGAAUGCAUAGACUUGAGUUUUUCCCCAAGCCUAAUGAAUUUACUCUUGAAAACUUUGCAAAAAAUGUUCCUUACAGGUAUUUUCAGCCAUUUGGUUUUGGGCCCCGUAGCUGUGCAGGGAAAUACAUCGCCAUGGUGAUGAUGAAAGUCAUCCUGGUUACACUUCUGAGACGAUUCCACGUGCAGACACCACCAGGUCGAGUAUGCGUUGAUAAGAUGCAGAUAAAAAAUGACUUGGCCGUGCACCCAGAUGAGACUAGCAACUUCCUGGAUAUGAUUUUUAUCCCAAGAAAUUCAGACAAGUGCCUCAAAUGCUGA